AUGCACUCGCGUCGACCCGAGACCUUGAAGAUUGACAUCUCCAAGUAUAGGGGAGUCGAAGAGGACUCUCUCUUGAGAUGGUUCGUCGAAUUGGAUGAAGCCAUAAGGGCGCGUCGCAUCGACGACGGGGAUAUGCAAGCUGCAUUUGCCCAGUCAAAUCUGGCAGGACGUGCCAAGACUUGGGUACUGGGGCUCAAGUGGCACGACCCAUAUGCGUUUGGGUCGUUGGAAGUCUUCAAGUUGCGGAUCAGACAAACGUCUGAACCGCCUGGAGCCGAGUUCAGAGCUCGAACCGAACUCUUGAACUCAAGCAAGGUAAGCGUGAUGUGUACGCUUACGCGCAACAUAUACGACAUCUCACGAGUUGUAUAA